AUGUUAACGUCUGCAGAUCCUUCAUGUCCCUGGAAGUACAUAGAGCCUGAUCUGGUAAUCACAGGCCCUCUGGGCUCCCUAGCUUCCGUUGCAAAGGUGAAGAAAUGGUUAUCCCGGUGUCUUUCUAAACACAGUCGGUGUGAGCAGGCUUCAAGCACGCAGCUGCCCACAAGGGUAAUCAAGAUCGAAGGGCCCGCGGAUGUCGAGCUGUAUACCACAAAGGAUGAAGUGGCUACAUACGCCUGUCUCAGCCACUGUUGGGGCAGAAAUCCCAUUCGAUUUACAACUACGGAAAACUUCAAACAAUACUCAACCAGCAUUCCCUGCGAGGAUCUACCUGCAGCUUUCCAGCAUGCCAUUGAGUUUGCUUACUAUCUUGAAAUCCGUUACCUAUGGAUAGAUUCCCUCUGCAUCGUCCAGGAUUCCAUCGAUGAUUGGCGUCAUGAAGGGAGCAAAAUGUCGAAAAUAUACGAGAACGCGGCAAUUACUCUGUCAGCAACAGGGUUCGUUGACUCUCACCAAGGUUGCUUUCCUGGGACUGAUGAACGGUUCAUAUCUCGUCAGAAGACGUUCAUGAAUCACGACGACGAGGAAUAUGAGAUUCACUGCCGCGAAUCGCUCCCUCAAUGGAAAGCACCUCUUUACGCGAGGGGUUGGGUGUUCCAAGAGCGGAUGCUAUCUAGGAGGAUAGUUCACUUUAUGGACGAAGAAAUAUGGUGGGAGUGUCGAGAAUCUUUCCAUUGCGAAUGCGGCAGUCUUGAGCACAACGGAAAUGUUUUCGGAUUGAACAAGAACUCAGCAGCUGAGAUGAGUGAAUUUUCCUCGCUCGGAAUGAUCGAAACCAGAUGGAAGGAGUUGGUGACGACAUACUCAUCAAAAUCACUCACAUAUCUAAGCGACGUUUUCCCCGCCAUACAAGCACUGGCUAAGCUUGUUCCCUCAAAGAUGGGUAGAUACCUGGCGGGACACUGGGAGAGUACUUUGAUCUCGAGCCUCGGCUGGUGUGCUUUCAUGCCAGUACCAGUACGGAAAGAACACAGGGAAUGGCACGCUCCGUCUUGGUCAUGGGCUGCAAUCCAAGGGAAAGUGUACUAG